CGCGGGGUAUUGUUGUAGGAGCUGAUCUCGACACUAGAUGGGCCGGGAAGGAGUCGAGUGCGCGACAGCCAAUCAGCGCGGUGGGGGCGUGGAAUCCCGUCUUAUUUUAGCGAUGGGAUCGAUCACAAGUCCACGGAACAGGAAGCGAGAUCUCGAGAUCGUUUUCGAGAUCGUUUUCUUUUCAGUUAUUUUCGCUAUUUUGCCUUUUUUAGUUUCUUUGAGAUAUUUCACAAAUUAAGUUGUCGGGAUGCUGAGGAAUAUAGUCUUCUGUCUGGGAGUCAUCCGGAUGACGUCGAUGGAGACGGCUUCUGAAAUUGGGGAAGCUAAGCUGGCAGGAAUUCAGGAGACCUCCGGCACAAACGUGGUGGCGCUCACUGCUCCGAACCCGCGCAAAGAGAUCAUCAGUCCUGUAAAAACCAACGUGAUUUCGGGCCGAAAGCAAAUUCAGCAACAGAAACCCAACAGACUCAUGAAGCCACCUCGAGAGUCCCGUUGGCUCAUGCCCAAGUGUUCGAAAGUCUCGGAGAGCUGCCUACCCUUCUCUUUGUGCUGUGACCCCUGUGCCACCUGCCACUGCCGCUUCUUCAAUGCCAUCUGCUACUGCAGAAAGCUGAACCGAAACUGCAGGAAGAAGAUAUAA